GUGGUAUUAGUCUGGUAGUAUGUACUCUCGUGGUAACAAUGGAAUAUACAUAAUACCAUGAAUCCCCCCCACCAAUAUCCACCUCCACACAAUCCCGUCCUAUCCACCCGUCUUUUCUUUCUCCUUGUUAAUUCUAAAAUUCCUAAUCCCUAAAACUUCUUCUCAUGCUGCUGAUAAUCCUGGAGUCCCGUUUCCUAGUUGUCGUUCGGUGUGGAAGUCAGAGGCGGGAGAGAGAAUCCUCUCCCCCGUAGUCUCGUUGACGCAAAUAUCGACUAUCAGAUUCGGCUUACAGCUUAUACUUACAAGACACCGUCUACCUCGUGACCUAUACAUUCCAAUACGUCUUCGUAACUUUUUUACACCGAAAUUUGUCUAAGACAUCUAGGAUAACGCGGGUCUUUCAAAAGACAGCUUCUCUUACACUUUCCCGUUACCAGCAACAACUAUAAGUUUUCGUCUCGUUGGAAAAAGGAAUCUACAAGAUGGCGAUAGGAGACAUACUCCCGGUCCGUUCACCCGAACAACAAGCCGACGAAUCGGCAAACAUCACCAUGACCGACCGUCCCUCACCGGUGCCGGAAGACAAGGAAACUUCGUCAGAUUCGAAUUCACAGUCAAAAAAGCGAUCAGCGUCGACUUCGGAACCCAAUGGCUCGGCUAAGGUCACUAAGCGGAGAGCGGCGAGGGCCUGCAUCAGCUGUAGGAGCCGAAAAGUUAGGUGUGAUGUGGUCGAAGGGGCUCCGUGCGGCAAUUGCAGAUGGGACAACGUCGAAUGCAUCGUACAGGAGAGUCGUCGUAGGAGAAAGAACCUUUUUCAUUCGAAUUCAUCAACCGCCUCUCAUAGCAGUGUAGCCCCGCAGGCUGCCGAGGCACAGCUGAGAGCGAAGCCCGCAAACCCAGUCGCAAUCGCUUCGGCUGCAGCUCCAUUGCAUCCCCCUAGCGAAGCAGCUCAAUCUUCAACGUCUGGCAAUGAUGUAACUACUCCAGGGGGAAUCUUGGAUAAUGGCUUGGAGAGUCACGUUCCUCAUUUGCUAUAUCAACGAUCAGGUUUACGGCCUGACCCUGUAUUGCUAUCUACUCUCCAGGCUAGCAAUACUGGAUCAAGGUACCCCAGUAUCUGGCCGAAUCCAAACACGUGUCAGAACUCGAGCUCGGCUACCGGUACGGGGGCCUCGAGGACCGCACAGUUCCUCAGCUCCCUCGAGGAGCCCGAUGCGUCCUCGCAAUUGCCAGCCUUCAUCCGGCCUCUUCCGGCCAAGAUAGCCCCUGAAGAUGUGACCUACCUUCACACUAAGGGGGCCCUCACACUCCCAAGCCUUAGCCUUCAGAAUGCCCUGCUUGCCUCGUACGUAGAGUAUGUUCAUCCUUACAUGCCUCUCAUAGAGCUGCAUGACUUCUUGAGUAUGAUCAAUGCUCGAGAUGGUCAAUAUGGUCAGAUCAGCUUGUUCCUGUACCAGUCUGCUAUGUUCGCAGCGACUGCCUUCGUUGAUGUGAAGUAUCUGAAAGACGCGGGUUACACCAGUAGGAAGGCUGCUCGGAGGGAGUUCUUCUAUAAGGCUAGGCUUCUCUACGACUUCGACUACGAGAGUGACCGUCUCGUCCUCGUACAAGGACUUUUGCUGAUGACAUAUUGGUACGAGACGCCGGAUGAUCAAAAGGACACGUGGCAUUGGAUGGGGGUCGCCAUCUCCCUAGCGCACACCAUCGGUUUACACAGGAACCCAGCUAACACGAACAUGACGCCGAGGAAACAAAAACUGUGGAAGAGAAUAUGGUGGUCGUGCUUUAUGCGAGAUAGGCUGAUCGCCCUAGGUAUGCGGCGACCGACAAGGAUAAAGGAUGAGGACUUCGACGUUCCGAUGUUAGAUGAAAACGACUUCGAGAUCGAGCCGCUCGCCGACGAAGUUCAAAUCAUCGGCCCCGAGUGUACGCUAAUGCGGGAUGUUGUGAUGCAACAAGAGCUCGCCUUGAUGUGCAUUGCAAAGGCAAAGCUUUGUCUUUGUAUCAGCCACAUGUUGAAAGCGCAGUACUCUGUCCUCAUCAGGGACAAGUCGAGGGCUGAGAACACCACGAACAGCACGAUGAUGUUAUUCCCUAACAAGCAGCUUGACAACGUGGAGGGUGUUAAUUCGUGCGACUUGGAGCUCCUCGCAUGGGUACAAUCACUUCCGGUCUGCUGCCAGUAUAGACCCCUAUCAGCGCUGGACCUGAAAAACGGUCGCGCAACGGUCGCUGUACAGCGUAACCUUUUACACAUGGUGUAUUAUACGACUAUAUCAGCUCUUCACCGACCACAGUUUCUCCCGUCAUCUCCGACGCAUGCACCCCAGACGUCAGCUCAAGUUCAAGAGAUCUCCCGGACCAGGGUCCGUGAAGCGGCAGCUCAAAUCACGCGCAUGGUUACCGACUUGCAUACCCUACGACUUGAGAAGUACCUUCCGACUACUGGUGUCACUGUGAUUCUUCCUGCUAUGAUCAUUCACUUAUUAGAGAUGAAGAACCCGCUACCACAACCUCGCGAUAUUGCGAUGCGAGGUUUCAAGCAGUGUAUGAAGGUUAUGGAAAAGCUACGCGACAUUUAUUCAGCUGCGGACUACGCAGUCGCGUUCCUGGAUGCCGCAUUGCGAAAGGCAGCCAUUGAUCUGCAAGUAGCGCAGAAUCAAGCCUACGCAAACGGUGUUAUGGGGACUACCAAUGUCAAGACGCCCUUGGCGCAAUUCACCACCCCGGCCACCGCGUCGGUAAUCGAGAACAUGACCACGCCUCCACCAGAGAACGCACCGUAUGCGACGACGCAGGAGGCUAGCCUAUUCACGAAACCUGCGCCUCAACCGUUCGUGCCACCUACAGAUCUGAUCACCACUGCAGUCCACUCGCCCCCACAUACCGAGAAGGACGUGCUCACACCUAGCGCGAGCGGAUCAUCGGAUGGACACGCUGCGACUAUGGACAUAGAAAUGGAUUUCGACAGUUUGGACAACCACGACGAAUUCGACUGGAACGCGCUUACGGGCACUAACAUCGACUUCGACCAGUGGCUACAGUUCCCCGGCGAAGGCAUGGGCAACACGCGGGCAGGCGGUGCGAUGGGCGCCGCCGGCCUGGUCACGAUGAGCGAUAUCGACGGCAUGGCAAAUUUCAACCUCGGCUUCGAGAAUGCCGGGCAGGGCGUCGUUUCAUAAGGACAUAGCUAACGAACGCGAUGAAUUUUUGACGUCUUGAGUCGUAGCGACGACGAAAGGCUUACUUUACCUACUCGUUGGGUUAUUGGCGUUAACUACGGGAUUUCGACAUACCGUCUUCCUAUAUAGAUAUGGACAUGCAUGGUAGGUAAUUCCAUGGGACGGGCGUUGGAUGGGUACGUGGGGGGAGGGGGGUUCAAAAGUUCUACCUGGUUUUAGGGGAGCUGUAUAUAAUGCUGGCUUGCUGUUUUCUCGUUUUUCGUUUUCUAUACCCGUGAUGAGUAUGGAAUUGAGUGGAGCGGAGGAAGAGGAGUGAGCUCACUCGUGAUAGACUUGGGAUGGACUCGAUAGGUAUAAUGACAGGUAGUUGAAUGAAUAUAUUGACAUGUCUUCCUUGCG